AAGAGCAGACGAGCGAUGGCAAAUGCGCAAAUGGCGCCCUGCUGCUUGCUUUACGUGCGACUCCUGUAAAAGUGGAACUCGUCUGUGCAAGAAAAGGUUGCUGAUCUUAACACCACGAUGUUCUUAGAACUUAACACGUUUCUUGACUUUGACAACAAGUCGCUACCGAGGCGCUUUGUCGUCAUCACCAGCGACGACAUGGUGGAGCACACGUUCGUGCUCAAUCACAUGCUCAUGCUGUACCUGAAGACUGGCCGCAGGGUGUUCCAGCUCAAUUUCGUCAACGACGACGCUUUCUUCGCUAGCGUGUGUCAAAAGUUGGGCAUCAACCUGAGAACUUACGCCGCUAAGAACGCCUUCUACAGCUUCAGCUGCCUCAGGCUUCUGAAAGACCUCGUCAGAAGUUCCUUCUCCGACAGCUCGCACCCGUUCGCCUUCCUGACUGCACCGGCGUCCGCGCACUGCGACGACGACCGACUAUCCGUUAUGCGGUGCCAAAUUCUAGACGAGCUGCGCCGCUUUGUCGGCGACGACGUGUCGAAAGGCGAGGUCCUCGUCCUGGUAGACGACGUCUCGAGCUUGCUGAACUUUGGUCUCGGGUACCGGGAAAUCGCGGGCCUGAUCCACUCGCUCAGAGUCGACCCUCUCAUCCGCGACCGGGGCACGGUCGUCGCGGGCACGAAAUUCUGCGCCCGCGACGACGACGCGGACUGUCACCGGCUCUGCACGUACUUGUCUCACCUUGCCGAUGCCACGAUUGACGCGCGGGGUCUCUCCACGGGACACUGCCGAGACAUCACGGGACAGAUUUCCAUCACAAGAACGAGCAAUACGCAGCUGCCAAUGACGAAGAAAAUGCAUUUCCGGCUCGAAGACAGAGGUGUCAAGCUCUUUCCUGUCGGCCUUAACAAGAUGCCGUUGCACGUCUGAAAUCACUGUCCACACCACCAGGCACGUGAGGCCAACAAUAUUUAUUGAUACUAUUGCUAUGAAAUAAAUACAUAGAAUGUUGAACAAAAA